AUGGUAAAGUGGAUGUCAGAAACGAGCGAUAAUCAGCUUAAAUGGUUUUUAGCAAAACUGUUUUCCCUGUUUUUGAAUUCUUUACUUGUCCUCAAAGGCAACGCCGACCGCGGCUCUAAUCAAAUGAUUGAUUUUUGUUGUUGUGCAGGAACUAUUUAUGGAAUGAGAAAUGUUUUAUCGUCGUGUAAGGAGAAGGCUCAGUACGGAUCAGUAAACAUUUCAUCUGUAGGAAAACCUUUCAAGUCGUUCACUCAAAACCCCAACAAGGGCAAGGAUAAAAUUUAA